AUCGAGAAAUUAAUCGAUUCUUCUUCUUGCCUGCAAUUGUUUACAAAGAAGUUCUUUCAAUUUAUUAAAAAAAAUCUUUCAACAAUCUGAAAUAAUGGCUUCCGAUGGCGAGGACAUCAGCGUAACACCCGCAGAAUCUCUGGCAUCAGCCACGGACACUGAAGAUGACGAUAACGAGCCUCAAAUUCAUUCCGACCUGGACUCCGAUGCGGAGGACUUGGAUGUUGAGGAAAUGCCAGCAACAGCGGACGAGGCGGACAUGGAUGAGCUUCUACGACAGCUAGAGGAUUACACGCCAACCAUUCCAGAUGCUCUUACCAUGCACACCCUAAAAACUGCUGGUUUCUCCACCGUGGAUCCUCAAAUAGUGCGCCUCAUCUCCGUUUCGGCCCAGAAGUUCAUCUCGGACAUUGCCAACGAUGCACUGCAGCACUGCAAGACGCGCACCACAAACAUCCAGCACUCCAGUGGGCACAGUUCCAGUAAGGACAAGAAGAACCCCAAGGAUCGCAAGUACACGUUGGCAAUGGAGGAUUUGGUUCCAGCUCUUGCGGAUCAUGGCAUUACCAUGCGCAAGCCCCAAUAUUUUGUUUAGGUUUAGUUAUAGGUAGAGCACUUCAAAAAUUUGCAUAAUCAAGCCUCUUUGAAUAGAUUAAAACCUUCUCUCAAGAUUUUUUUAAAAUCA